AUGGACCAGCCAUCCCUCGAGCUGCACCACCAGCAGCAGCAGCAGCAGCAGCAGACGCCCAACCACCACCAACAGCAGUCCCAGCCCCAGUCCCAGUCCCAGGAUCAGUCACCACCUGCGAACCAAGAUGGAAGCAGCAGCGGUGCUACGCCGACAGCAUCCGCAGGAGGAGGAGGUGGAGGAAAGGGCGCCGCGGCGGCGGCGGCGGCUGCGAAUGCGCUGAGCUUCAGGAGGAGGAAAGUCCGCUGCGAUGCCGCCUCCCUGGGCAUACCUUGCACCAACUGCGUCGCCUUCCAAAUCGAGUGCAAGAUCCCAACGCCCAAGAGGAAGAAGACCCAGACCGCUUCCACCACCAGAGACUCGGAUAGUGAACGAGGCGAUGGCCCAGAGGAACAGUCUCCCCGUCCUGGUACAGGAACGGCCACGUUCAACACCAGGCCACCCGCCGUAUAUCACACUUCAGAAGGUACACCAACGACCACCAUGACGGCGGCACAGACCCACAAGGAGGAGAUCGACAACAAUACUUAUGUAAACCUAGUCAUGAAACCAAAGUUCAUCCGUGCCCCCAUCACCGAAGCCGGCCGUGUUGCCUACCUGGGAGAGUCCUCCAACCUGACCCUGCUCGUCAACGACCGACAAGGAGCCGCAGAUGUCGUCCACUACCCCCUGCCCGAGAACGUCCGAGGUUCCAGGGCGAGGCUGACCGAGCUGGACAACGUCGAGAUCGAUAUCCUUCACCAGCGUGGUGCCUUCUUGCUCCCGCCCCGCUCCCUCUGCGACGAGCUGAUCGACUCGUACUUCAAAUGGAUCCAUCCCAUCGUGCCCGUCAUCAACCGCACGAGGUUCAUGAGACAGUAUGGGGAUCCCAAGAACCCACCCUCGCUGUUGCUCCUCCAGGCUAUCCUGCUGGCCGGAUCGCGUGUCUGCAACAACCCACAGCUCAUGGACGCAAAUGGGUCCACAACCCCUGCUGCACUGACUUUCUACAAAAGGGCCAAGGCACUGUACGACGCCAGUUACGAAGAUGACAGGAUGACUAUAGUGCAGUCGUUGUUGCUAAUGGGUUGGUAUUGGGAAGGACCCGAGGACGUCACCAAGAACGUCUUUUACUGGAGUCGUGUCGCUACAAUCGUCGCACAGGGAUCCGGCAUGCACCGCAGUGUUGAGGGUUCGCAGCUCAGCAGGGCCGACAAGAGACUUUGGAAGAGGAUCUGGUGGACGCUCUUUACCCGAGACCGAUCCGUCGCCGUGGCCCUUGGGCGCCCUGUACACAUCAACCUGGAUGACUCGGACGUGGAGAUGCUGACAGAGGACGAUUUUGUCGAGGACGAAGACGGCCGACCGAGCGAGUAUCCCCCGGACCCGAUCCACGUCCACUUUUUCCUGCAGUAUGUCAAGCUCUGCGAGAUUAUGGGGCUUGUGCUUUCACAGCAGUACUCGGUCGCAGCCAAAGGACGUCAGCGCAAUCCCAUCGAUCUCACCCACAGCGACAUGGCGCUGGCCGACUGGCUCCAGAAUUGCCCCAAAGUGGUCUACUGGGAAAUGCCACGACACCACUUUUGGUCCGCCUUGCUCCAUUCAAAUUAUUAUACGACGCUCUGUUUACUACACAGAGCACAUAUGCCCCCAGGCGGAGGCUCCUCGCGGUUUCCCGAGGACGCGGCCUACCCGUCGAGGAAUAUCGCUUUCCAGGCCGCGGCCAUGAUCACGUCGAUCAUAGAAAAUCUUUCGGCUCAUGAUGAGCUUCGUUAUUGCCCGGCUUUUAUUGUUUACAGUUUGUUUUCGGCACUCAUCAUGCAUGUGUACCAGAUGCGAUCACCUAUCCCAUCGAUUCAGCAGGUGACCCAGGACCGGAUCAGGACCUGCAUGGUGGCCCUGAAGGAUGUCUCGCGGGUGUGGCUAGUUGGCAAAAUGGUCUCCACGCUCUUUGAGGCUAUUCUCGGGAAUAGGACCCUUGAGGAGAGGCUUCAGAAGGCCGCCGGAAAGCGACAUAGCAAAUUUCAGAGGAGCAUGCAGCAACUAGAGCAACACGCUCACGAUCAGCAGCAACACCACCAACAGCAAAUGAGGGAGUCGGCAAAGCGCAAGUACGACGACAUGGCUAUUGACUUCAGUGUCUCCACGCCGACACCCCAGGAGUCGUAUGAGCGCUCUCGGCCUCAGACACCAAGUCAAACCACAAAGAACGAGCACGGCCAUACAAUGGCACCUCCCCAGAUUACAUCACCUGGCGGCACCAGGCAGACCAACAUGGACGCCUUCAUGGGCGGCACGGCAUCACGGCCGCAGACUAGACCGGCGACUCCGUUCAACCCAUCUUUCUCGGUACCGACGACCCCUCCGGACCUCUAUCUCGUGACGCGGAACUCACCGAACCUGUCACAAGCCGUCUGGGAAAACUUUCAGCCAGACCAGCUGUUUCCUGAAAGUGCAAGCAUGCCUCUCUUCCCACACCUUUCUCCUACUCAGACACAUCAGAAUCUGGAUCCCAACCUGAUGCCGCCACAAAUGCAACAGGGCAGGCAGGCACAGCAAGCUCCGCCCAUGCAGUUUGGAGGCCACCAACAGCAGCAUGGUAUGCCGAAUAGCACGAGCAAGGGUAAUAGUCCCGUGCAGCAGCACAAUCCAAGCUUCCUGCAGCCUGGCCUUGCUGGAUUCCCGGGCCAGCAGGGCGGGCCAGGCCAACAGCAACAGGCGCAAAAUACUAUGUGGAACACUGGCUUCGACUCAACCCUACCCGACGGCCAGAGCCCGGAUAGCUGGAGCACAGGGAGCGCGCAGGGAGCGCCGGUGCCAAGCACACUCAACGUGGAAGACUGGCUUCAAUUUUUUGGCAUCAACGGGGAUCAAGUAAGCCAACUAAAUUUCGACAUGCCGUCGAUGACCUAG